AUGUGGAGCCCGGAGGUAUCCAAGAUAAUGGCUGUCCCUCUGGGGAAAAACAUGUCUUUUGGGCUACGCGCAACUUGUUUGAACAGUGAGGAAGGAAUAUUGUUUCAGAUCCCGCUGGAACAAAAUGGGACGGAAGAAACAGGAGCCACGAAUGUCAGCUGCAUUUGCCAUAACAUGGAAUGGAUGGCCUGUUCGUGGAAGCGAGGAAGGCAAGCCCCUCCCCACACCAACUACCACCUGUCCUUCUGGUACAGCAACCUGGAAGAGAGGCAGCUGUGCACAAAUCGUAGCGUCAAUGGAGACACCUUCCGAUGUAUUUUUCCCAUCAACUGUUCCGGGAAUCGCAACAUAGCUCUUUCCAUCCGAAGUGAUUCCGAAGACAUCCAGCCGGUCUGCAUGCUUACCAAGGAAGGUACGGAAAAAUCUGCAGCCUUCUGAAGACAACACCAAAGUGCCCCUCAACCUUGAGCCCAAGAAGUAUCACACUCUGAGAGUGAGGGCUGUGCUGGGCGGGGUCGGCAGUGACUGUAAGGAAUCGCGCGGUCUCUGGAGUGAAUGGAGCGAGCCGGUGCACUGGG